AUGUUUUACAUGUUUGAAAAGGGACACCUUCAAAAAGAAUGCUCUGCUGUUAAAUGCUCGAAAUGUAAUUUAUCUCAUCAUCAACUUUUACAUAAAGAUUAUAUCUUGGAGCCAAAUGAACAAAGAUGCAAAAAUGAGCCAUCUACGUCAACACAGGAGACAGCUCAGUCAUCAGUUAUGAACGUAAUGACUGAAAACGAGGUUUUUUUGGCAACAGCAGUAGUAAUGGUAGCGGACAAGUUUGGCAAAUAUCACCAAAUGCGAGCCAUAUUAGAUUCUGGCUCUCAAGUAAAUUUGAUGUUAAGUGAUUUGGGUGGUUCUUAUAAUGCUGCCAAACGACGGUUGCUGUCACUAGAGCGUAGGUUGAGUAGAGAUCGCUCUACACGAGACGCUUACAACGCAUUUAUGGAUGAGUACCUCUCUUUAGGUCACAUGACGAUCGUUGAAGAAGCUGAUAUGGAUAAGAUAAAAUAUUUUGCACCGCAUCAGUAUGUGCUACGACCAGAUUCCACGAGUACGAAACUUCGAGUUGUGUUCGAUUGUAGCUGUAAAACUGACAGUGGCUUGUCAUUAAAUGAGGUAAUGAUGAAAGGACCACUGGUUCAAGAUGACCUGUUAUCUAUAAUACUGCGAUUUAGAUGUUACAAAUAUGCAAUUACGGCAGAUGUAACAAAAAUAUAUCGCCAAGCAUGGGUGACUGAUGAUGAUGCGAAUUAUCAAACGAUUUUUUGGAGGUCUUCCUCAGAUGAAAACAUAAAGGCCUAUCGCUUGCGAACCAUUACUUAUGGUACAACAUCAGCCCCCUAUUUAGCUACAAGAUGCUUAAAACAGUUAAGUGAAGAUUAUAUCGAUAAAUAUCCGAUUGGAUCGAGAAAGGUGUUAUCUGAUUUUUAUAUGGAUGAUUUGAUCAAUGGAUCAAACGAUGAAAAUGAAAUUUUUGAAAUAUAUAAUCAAGAAUCAGCAAUAAUUAACUCAGCAAAAUUUAAGUUAAGGAAGUGGUUUUCAAAUAGUGAAAAAUUUCUUAAUUUCGUACCUGAAGCUGAUAAAGAAAAGACUCUUCGGAUGAAUGAUGAGGAAAUAAUAAAAACUCUUGGUAUCAUCUGGGCUCCAGUGGGAGAUACGUUUCGAUACGUUUGGCUAGAUUUUGAUAGCUCGAAAGCGGUGACAAAAAGAAUAGUGUUAUCGGAACUAUCUAAGUUGUUUGAUCCCCUUGGGCUUAUUAACCCAUUAAUCGUAAAGGCGAAGAUUUUCAUGCAAGAUUUGUGGAUAUUGAAGGCUAAUUGGGAUGAAUCCCUACCAAUGAAUUUACAUAGUCAAUGGAUAGAAUUCCGCGAAAAUCUAAAAGACGUCAAGAAAAUAAGUGUGCCUCGAUUUGUUUUGGCAGAAAAACGAGUUGCUAGAGUUGAAAUGCAUGGAUUUGCUGAUGCAUCAAAAAGAGCUUUCGGAUGUUGUAUUUAUAUUCGCUCAAUAUGUGUGGACAACGACGUUACAAUGCAGUUGUGGUUUGCUAAAUCCAGAGUAGCGCCAUUAAAAACUUUAUCUUUACCAAAAUUGAAACUUUUGGCUGCGGAAUUGCUGUCGAAACUAGUGACAAAAACCAAAUCCAAUUUUCCAAUUUGUAUUGACGCGACCUAUUUAUGGGUGGAUUCCGAAAUUGUGCUAGAUUGGCUGAGCGAGCACCCAUCAAAUUGGAACACAUUUGUUGCCAACCGGGUAUCAUUGAUACAAGAGCAGACAAAAACGUGUAUUUGGCGGCAUGUUCCUUCAAAGUCUAACCCAGCAGAUAUAAUAUCAAGAGGUGGUCCGUUGGUUGGAACUGUGGAACCUACUGUGGAUAGCGAAGAAUGGUCUCAUAAAGAUAGAUGGCUACGAAUUUCGGCCAUACAACAACAUUUUUGGAGAAGGUGGUCGGCGGAGUAUCUUCAUGAACUUCAACAGAAAGUCAAAUGGACUAAGAAGCAGAAGAACCUUAAUGAAGGUGAUAUGGUGUUAAUUGCAGAAGAAAAUUUGCCUUCUAAGCAAUGGCUUAUAGGGAGAGUGCUGAAAGUGACAAGAGAUGCUAAAGGUUGGGUUCGAGUUGCUGAUGUAAAAACAAAGAAUGGAGAGGUUCGCCAAGCAAUCCAUAAAUUGGCACCUAUUCCAUCUGAAUGUUGA